AUGACGUUAAAAUCUUACGUUAAAAUCCCACCGGACCAGCAGCGUCUCAUUUUCGCCGGCAAGCAACUCGAAGAUGGCAACACACUCCAGGAUUACUCCAUCCAGAAGGAUUCUACACUCCACCUCGUUCUUCGUCUUCGUGGUGGUGGCAAGGAAGCUUAUGAACCAUCUCUUCGUAUUCUUGCCGAAAAGACAAACGUUAAGCGUUCUGUCUGCCGCAAGUGCUAUGCCCGCCUUUCCGAGCGUGCUCAACAAUGCCGCCACAAACAAUGCGGCCAUUGCAAGUCCAUCCGUCCAAAGAAGGCUGGUAAGGAGUAA